CACUUUAUUGGACGUGAAUUGCUUCAUCUAUAUACCCAAUUUUAUUUGCCAUAAUCCAGACACUUUUUUCAUAUUCCAUUGAAAUAUUCAAGACAUUCCUCUAUCUGUCUUCCCCUGCUAUUAGUCAUUUGCAACAUCCCCAACCAUCCUGCUUUUGGUAUAAAUACCUGAGUAUCUGCUUUUAAACCCACAUAUUUAUUCAGCCAAAUGAGCAGCAACAACGACAAAGAUCUUCCUGAUAACGAAUUCCUGGACGUCGACUUCAGCGGACUGUUUGGUCAAGAGUACAACAAAGAGGUUAACAAGGAGUUGGACAAGAUGACUGUUUCGCUAAUUAGUCAAGACAACAACACCAUAACUGACAACUUAAGGAAGAAAAGAUUACCUGAAAUCAGUGCUACUCCCACUGUCCUAACCAGUCGUCAUUUGCCUUUGACUUACAAAAAUCAAUCCAACAACAACAGUAACAGUCAAAUAAACAAUUCCAAUUAUAACAACACUGCCAAUGACGCUUACGAGUUAAACAAUGCCCCAUACACUCAGAUGAAUAAUUCCUUUUCAAAUUUGUCUAUUCAUUCCAACAACUCUUCAAUUUUUAACAACAAUUACAACAAUUACAACAACUACAACAACUACAAAAAUUACAAUAACACAAAUACUAUCAAUGGUGGCUGCAAAAUCCCUUCUUUAAUUCAUAAAUGGCACCACAAUUUUUCAAUUUUAUCAAUAAAAUCUGAUCCUAUUAAUAACAUCUUGAUUUGUGGAACCCAGGACUCCAAAAUCCUAAUUUUUGAUCUAAAUUCUUUCAAUUUAAUCAAAAUCUUACUUGGCCAUUACAGCUCUAUUUUAUCUUUAUCUCUAUCAAAGGAUUCAAAAUUCUUAAUUUCUUCUGCCUCUGACUCCUUAAUUAAAAUCUGGAAUUUGCCAAUUAUUCUAGACUCUCCAUCGUUGAAUUAUAACAACUCCAUUACAAUCUAUUCUUUAAUUGACGUCGGUGAUAUCUUUAGUGUUUCCUGGUCUCCAUCUUUAAACACAAUUUUCUUUGGUUGCCAAAAUGCUUCAAUUUUAUACGUCCACUUAUCUCAAACUUUACCUAAAAACGAUCCCUCGUUUUUACCUUUAAAUCGUUUUGAUAAAUUUUUUGAUUCCAAGGGUCCAACUGGCUUACCAAAUAAAAGCUUGUUAAGCUCAUCUAACAUCAAUUUUAACAAUGGUAGCACCAGCACCCUCAACACAAAUAAUAACAACAACAACAGCAACAGUCCCUCAUCUUCAUCAUCUCCUCCUCUAUCUGUUUCUCCCUCUUCAAUCGAUAUCACUGUUGAUGCUAACGGUAACAGCUUAAUUGAGGUUCCAUCAAAAAACAUAAUUCCAUAUGCGCACAAUGGUUUUGUCUACUCUUUGCAAACUUACUCCAAAGAUGAAUUCUCAAACAUAGAUUUAAACACAGACAAACCCUUUGACGAGAUCCUAAUCUCCGGUGGUGGUGAUGGUUUAAUCAAAUUCUGGUCUUUAUCCAAACAUCCCUCGAAUAGCAAAUCCUCAAAUCAAAAGAAAAGUCCCAUCAACUUUCUUUUCUCCCUAGAUAACAAAGAUAGCGUCUUAUCUUUUUACAAAAACUCCUCCUUUCUCUAUUGCGGUUUAACAAAUGGCCAAAUCAAAAUAUGGGAUUUGUCUACUUUACAAUUAAUCCAAUACUUGAAAAAUGAAAAAGAAGGCGACAUCAUGUCUCUAGCUGUUUAUAACAACUGUUUAUUCAAAGGCACUGAUUUAGGUCUAACAAAAUAUGACUUAUCCUCAUUUGCUUCCCCAGAUAACAGCAACACUCUUACCAACAUCAACCCAAACAAUAAAUGGAUCGCACACGAUACCAGAGUUUUAAGUAUCGAAGUCAUGAAAAGAAAUAACCAAUCUUAUCUAAUCACAGCUGCAAAUGAUGCCUCAGUAGCUAUUUGGAAUCUCGAUGGUGAUAAUUCUUCUUCUUUGAUUUCUCUUAUCAAUUCAAACUCAAAUCCAAACCUAAAUAUAAACCCCGAAGAACCUAACUUUGAUUAUCACGAUUCUAAUAUUCAAAAUGAUUUAAAUAGUAUUGAGAAUACUCUUGUCAAAAAAAAAAAAAAAUUGGAAAAUCUUUUGCUGUUAAAAAAUGCUCUAACCAACAAUCAUUUAUUGGAACUUUUGACAUAUUUUGUAUCUUUUAAAACAGUCUCAAAAAACCCAGAAUUAUUUAUUCAAGAUUCCAGGAAUUGCGCCAUUUUUUUAAUGAAUUUACUUAAAAAAUUUGGGGCAAAAUCAAAAUUAAUUCCUUUGCCAGAUGGUAACCCAAUUGUCUAUGGUUGUUUUAAAGCUGCCAAAAAGAAUAAAAUUCUAACUAACAAAGACUUGAAUGCAAAAACUCAAGAUAAUAUUAAUAAUACUCCUAGAAUAUUAUGGUAUGGUCAUUAUGAUGUUAUUGAGGCCAAUAAAGAGAACGGUUGGGAAACAGAUCCAUUUGAGCUAACAGCUCAAGAUGGCUAUUUAUACGGUAGAGGUGUGACUGACAAUAAAGGCCCCUUAUUGUCUGCUAUCUAUUCCGUCGCUGAACUAGUUCAGUUAGGCCAGUUACAUUCAGAUGUCGUCUUUAUAAUCGAGGGUGAAGAAGAAUGUGGAUCAUUUGGGUUCCAAAACGUAAUCCAACAAAAUAAAGAAUUAAUUGGUAAUAUCGACUGGAUCUUAUUAUCCAAUUCUUACUGGCUAGAUGAUACCACUCCUUGUCUUAAUUAUGGUUUAAGAGGCGUUAUCAGUGCUUCUAUCUCCAUAUCAAGCGACAAACCUGAUAGACACUCUGGUGUGGAUGGUGGUGUAUCUAGAGAACCUGCAAUGGAUUUGAUUAAUCUAUUAUCAAAACUAACUUCUGAUGAUAAUAAUAACAAAAUUUUAAUUCCAAACUUUUAUGAUCCUAUAAAACCUGUUACACAAGAUGAAAAAUCAUUUUAUGAAAAUAUUGUUAAAAGAGCUCAAAUUGAUUUUGAUAUUGAAACUCUAAUGAAAAAAUGGAGGUUCCCUUCUUUAACUGUUCAUAACAUUCAGUUUUCUGGUCCUGGCAAUUCCACUAUUAUACCUCAAAGAGUUGAAGCCUCAUUAUCCCUACGUGUUGUUCCAGAACAAGAUAUAACAGAAAUUAAAAAAAAUCUAAUUUCUUAUUUGAAAAACUCUUAUAACAAGUUGAAUUCAUCCAACGAAUUGGAUAUCAAAAUAUUACACGAGUCCGAACCAUGGUUAGGCGAUCCAAAUAAUGAUUCUUUUAAAAUUCUUGAUAGAGAAAUUGAAAGAGAAUGGAAAAUCAAACCAUUAUACAUUAGAGAAGGUGGCUCGAUUCCUUCUGUUCGUUUCCUAGAAAAAUAUUUCAAUGCUCCAGCAGCACAAAUUCCUUGUGGCCAAUCUUCCGAUAAUGCACAUCUCAAUAAUGAGAGACUUUGUGUAACUAAUUUAUUCAAAUUAAGAAAUAUUCUAAAACGUGUUUUCAAAUCAUUACCAUCAAGAAAUCCAAGCAACUGAAAAAUAAAUUAAGAUACAAAAUUAUACUAUAUUCUUAUAUUAUAU